AUGUCGUCUAACAGAUUCGAAGGACAGCCAGAAGGCCAGCGGACUCAAGUUCAGACCAGGCACGCCCACUUCGCCACUCCAGCACUCCCCGCUCGAACCGCCUCACAAGACCCCGGAGUCGUCACUCUCUCCCUCAAAACAACACGCGACCCCCACUCCAUCGCAGAAGCGCUCAACUCCUACUCACCUCGACAAACCCCUUUCCACCUCCUCUCACCAACCCAAAUCUGCGACGAAAAAGUCAUCCGCCAUGACCACACCGUCGCACAGCACUUCGAAAGCCAAUCACAACAGCCACGAAGUAUCGACAACGACACCCAUCCGCACAAGAAAAUCGUAAUACACCACCGCGAGCUCGUCGGCCUCAACCUCAUUUCCAACCUGACCCGAAUCCAAUACGGAUACUGGCAUGACGAACCGGCCUGCCUCAUAGGAUUCACAUUUCAGUUUCUCGGGAGUGAACACGGACAUAGAUGGGUUCGAUUCGACAGAGCGGAUGUGACGAUCAAGUUCCACAAAACAGAAAGUGAAGCUGAGGGGCAAGACCCUGAAGUCGUUGAUUUUGGGCCCAAACAUCUGGUAACUGGCAACAAUGGAACAGAAGAGAAGCGCGAAUGGCAUCUGUCCGCCAACCUUCCAGCCGUCACGCUCGGCGCCAUACCAGUGCUAGGGCUCACAGCAGGAGUGUCCCGCACAUACGACAAACGAUACGCCUCGUCUGUAGAAGGAGCGAGUGUACCAUCGCAUGGACACACAGCACCAGAUUUGGUACGAUUUUGGAUUCGAGAGGAUGCGAAGCAAAGGGAAGGAUUGCCGCUGGAGCUCGACUGUGCUAUCGUCGUCACGUUUGCAGCGCCAGCGAGUUUCCGAGCUACAGUGAGCGUGAAAGCAGGAGCAGUGUUUGAUAUGUUGGCGCAACCAUGGAGUGAGGCGGAGCCGGUUCUGUUUCAGCAUGGGGUUGAGCUUGGAGAGCCGGUAGGCAAGGCUAAGAUGGGUAUGGUCGACUUCGCGACUUUGGAUGUGCGAGAUUGGGGGCAAAUGGUAGGGGCGGAAGGGAUGCUUGAAGCUGGAAAGCGGUGA